GCUGCUCGCUCUCUUCCCCGUUCUUGCUCGCCGUGGGCACCUCGCUUCCCAUGCAACAUCCAUUCCAGCCCAUUCCUCUCCAGCCUACCCUUCUUCCCGUGUAAUUUCAUUCCUCUCUUUUUUUCAAUUCUUUCGGUUCCGUCCUGCGCCACCUGUCAUCGCGAUAUUGGGACCAUCGCGGGCGGAAACAACCGACGACUUUGCGACUCGAAACAAACCCAAACGAAUUCAUCGACGAAUAGCUGCCAACUCGAAUACGCAUGUCGGACACGGCGGCCCAGCGAGCGUCAUUCCCCCACACCCAGGAAACCUAAACACGAUCAGAGAACGUCCUUUCCCACCUGCUUGCAGCACCGAACACCGCCAGCACAUUUACCGCCUGUAAUUGCGAGCUGCACGCUGCAUCCGAGCAUCACCUUCCUACACUCCUCGCUCACUGGCAAUCACCGAGACGCUCUUUUUGCACAAUCCUCGACGAACAGCGAUCGCAUCUUACGUCGCGCCCCCCUCGAGCCUCUUCGCUGAACCGCCCUCUAGCGGCUGGCGAUAAUUGCCCACAAUGUUACGACACGGGAGCAUACUGGGGCUCUUCCUGAAGCCCCUCAGCUGGAUUCCCAGCGGCCCUCAACAUGCCGCCUACGCUGCUGCCCUUGGCUUGGUGGCGAUCCAGGUUGGCAUUGGUAUCAUCAUGAAGAUUUCCCAGACAGGCGGAUCCUAUUCGUUUUCUCCCUCGGCGUCUGUCACCAUCUCCGAGUUCCUCAAGAUGGUAUUGUCGACCAUCUUCUUCUACAACGAAUGCAAGCGCAGGGUAGCCGAUGGUAUUCGCCCAUCAACUCGGGGCGGUGGCAGUGGCUAUGCCUCCAUUGCCACAGAACUCCCUUUGGCCGAGAGAAGCAGCUUGGAUGAGAAGCGGGAAGAGGAGGGACUGAACGGCAGUGCUAGCUCGUCUAGCACUGGCAACAUUGUUGAGAGAAACAAUGGCCCGCUUCCGCCGCUCGACGUGAGGACCUAUUGGAGCUACGUCCGUGGCGAGGUUACCAGAGAUGUGCGAUAUGGCUUCUGCAACUUGGCGCUCUUUUACGUGCUCAUCAACAACUCGAUCUUUGUAAGCUACAAAAUGGCCGACCCCGGGACGAUUCAACUCACCAAGAGCGGUGUGACCUUCAUCACCGCCUUGGUUAUGAUUGCGACUUUGAACACCAAGAUCUCCAAGAUCCAGUGGAUUGCCAUCCUCAUGCAGAUUUGCGGUUUGAUGGUGACCCAGUACAACCCCACGACAGGCACGACCUACCCGUUCAGCACCUACUUCAUCUUGCUCUUCCAGGUCUUCCUCAGUGCCUCAUCAGGCGUGUACAAUCAGGCUCUGCUCAAGACCGACGACUCAAGCUUGCAUGCCGACAACAUGAUUCUUUACGGAGCGGGUGCUGCCAUGAACCUUUUGUGCCACUUGGUCAUCAAGACGUUGAAGGCCGAUGAGCCGGGAUUCUUUGAAGGUUACACCAGCUUUGGCGCCAUCAUGGUUAUUGUCAGCAAUGUCUUCAUUGGCCUUGCCAUUACCGCUGUAUACAAAUAUGCCGACGCCGUCAUCAAGUGCUUCGCCACGGCUGUUGCCACUGGCAUUCUCCUCUACGUUUCACCCAUCCUGUUUGGCACCUCGCUCAGCUUCCUCGUACUGCCUGGUACUGUCGUCGUCUUUGUUGCAUCAUGGCUCUACAUGGACAACCCGCCUCCCAAGGACCCCAACGCUGCCGCGACCAACGAGCCUCAGAAGAUGUCGUUGUUCGCCAAGAUGGCAGCUGUUGCGAGAAAGUUCAACAAAGUCUUUCUCGCCGUAGCCACAUUCAUCACCGUUGUUAUCGUGGCAUUCCUCACCAUGUCCGAGGCCAAGAUGCCCGAUUUUGCCAAGGAGGGAGCAACCGCUCCAUCUGCGCCAUCCGGACCGAAGCCUGUCACUGGCGGCGAGAGCAAGAUCGAGUCGCCAUUCAAGAACACGAUGGCCAUGAUUCGGUGGAACUCUGCUCGUCCGGAGCGCGUUCCGAUGCUGCAGAAGUACGAGCCGUUCUUCCACACCGUGCACAUUUCUAUGCCCAACAUGUUCAAGGAGGAGGAUCCCGAGUUCCACAACCUUACCCACGAUCAAUUCCCGGGAACCUUUACCGUCUACAAGCAGGUGUCCCGUACUAUGAAGCUUAUCCUCGAUACCCAACCCGAGAUCGACGGUUUAAUGUACUACCACUUCGAUGCCUGGAUUGACCCUCUUGGAUGGACGGGUAUGAACCCAUACAACAUCCACUUCCCCGCCAUCAUCGACACUGCCCCGCCGUCCCACGGUGGACCCGAGUACAUGUGCCUUACCGACACCAAGAACUACAACUGGUGGGGAUGGGGCCAGGACUUCCACCGCACCGCCAUGGCCGCGGCCGCCGUCGUCGACAACUUUGACCUCGAGUACAAGAUCAGACGCGACGAGUGGUGUGUUGGCUGGAGUGAUAUUUACUACAUUCCGAGACGGUUCUUCGCCGAUUACAUCUUCCUUUCCGAAAUCUUUGCUGGCUUCGGAGUCUUCCACGAGGUGGCAAUUCCUACCAUUGUCCGCAUCAUCGACCAGAGUCGUCGCCGCAACCCGUACCGGUCUAUCAUUGACCACAUCAGUGACUGCUGGGGCCACUGCUGCAGCUCCAACCCCAAGAUCCGCGAUGUCCUCGGUGCCCGCUGCGGCCAUCGUCUCAACUACUUGGAGGAAGCGCCUACUAAGGCAUUUUACGACAAGCUUGACGCCCAGGCUUCCAUUCUCGGCCACCCUCUCAACUCGACCAGGUAUGCCAUGUCCAGUGCUGAUGCUGCCCACCUGUUCGAUAGCGCAGCCCUGGCGAGCAUCAACAACGGCGAAGCCAAGAAGGUCAAGCCGAUCAACGAUGACGCUUUGGAGGAUGAUCAGCGGGCGGACAAGCUGGCGGCAGACAAGUCGAGCGAAGAGAAGGACAAGCUCAAAUCCGAGCACGCUCCCGUUGACAAGACGGAGAGCCCUGGCAAUCCCAAGGCUGACCCCAGCAAGAUUGCUACGCCCAAGGAAAACAAGGAAGUGCCAAAGAAGGAAGAACACAAGGAGGAGCAUAAGGACGAGAAGAAUGAAGGUGACAAGAAGGUCGAUCCCAACGACGCCCUCAGGGAAGCAGAUCGGGAGGCGGACGUCAAGCGGAUGCUACGACGUGAAGUUGUGGCCGCUGUUGCCGGACUCGGUUAUUAACCUCAUAUACCCCUACAUUUCUUUCCUUUCCUGUAUUCUUUCUUGUAACCCCCCUUUGACGAUACUCUGUUUGACGAUGCCAAAGCAACUACUUGAGGGAGACUUUGAGCAAGGAGUCGAACGGUCUGAUUUAGGUUGGGCCACUACCAGAGGGGCAACGAGACACGACAAUAAAGGCUGUAUUGGCAGCAUUGAACUGGUAGAUAUUUUCCCCUGAUGGCAUGGAGCGGCCAUUGUGUGCACACCGACGGAGCGAGUGCUUCUUACAAGCUCUCUGGAUACGGUACGAUAUAGACUUUGUCAACAUUUUAGUAGUUCAUGAGCAAAAGAAGGCUUCUUUUUUCUUUCUCACUAGUUUUUUUUUUCCGGGACGGGUACUAGGCGUAAAAGAGACACGGGGGGCAAUGCUCUUGACAGUGGAGAGGGGAGCGUGGGGCUUGGAGCUUGAAUAAGCUCGGUUAAGUCUGUCUGGAUUAUUAGUGUGAACCAAAAAUACAACGCAUG